CAUAGGAGUUCCAUCUAUCUCAAAAAAUAAAUUUUUGGGAGAUAGAGCAAGAACUCUUGUAAUGGCUUUCAGUGGGACUCUGGAGAAAUGCAAUGCUUGUAAUAAGACUGUUUAUGUGGUUGAUUUGUUAUCAGCAGAUGGAAUCUCUUAUCAUAAAUCCUGCUUCAAAUGCAGCCAUUGCAAAGGAACUCUUGUGAUGAGUAACUACUCUUCCAUGGAUGGGAUCCUUUUCUGCAAACCUCACUUUGAGCAACUUUUCAAGGAAACUGGUAGUUUCACUAAGAACUUCCAAACAGGAAAAUCUGAGAAGCAAAAUGAACUGUCUAAGGUUCCUAGCAAGCUUUCCUUCCUUUUCUCUGGGACCCAAGACAAAUGUGCCACUUGUAACAAAACAGCAUAUCCAUUGGAGAAGGUUACUGUAGAGGGAGAAUCUUACCACAAGUCAUGUUUCAAGUGUUCUCAUGGGGGUUGCUCCCUUACAACUUCAUCCUAUGCUGCUCUGGAUGGAAUUCUGUACUGCAAGCACCAUUUCUCUCAGUUGUUUAAGGUGAAGGGAAGCUACAAUCAUCUCAUCCAAACUGCCUCAAUUAAGAAAAAUGCUGCAGCAGUAUCUGUCAAACCAGUACAAGAAAAGGAACCAGAACCACAAGCAAUAUCCACAAUGGAACUAGAACCAGAAGUGGAAAAAGAACCAGAGGAGCAGACACAAGAGCAAUCAUAAGGGAUUGUCAUGGUUACUUGUUUAUUUUUCAUGUUUUCCAUUUUCCCCAUUUUUGGGCCCAGUUCUUUCCCCCUUGAAAGCAGAGAUUAAGAUGUCUAAAACUGGGUUUUGACUCAUUCCAUCUCAAACCCCCGUCCCCCCCAUCGGGAAAAUUUGUUGUGUAAUUGUUGUUGAAGAGUUAAUUUGAAUUUCUGGGCAAAUUUCAAUUGUUCUAUAUC